UUCAACCCUCCCACUUGUUCCGCUCGAUAAAGAUGAACAACAAGCGAAUACUGACGGACAUCUCAGCUCGGAAGGUGUCUGCUCGAGGCGAAGAAAAACUAGCUACUACAGUAGUGGUGAUCGGAACGACGAAAACCUUAGGCAAUGUGCCAAGCUAUAUCUUGAGACUGGCUAAAACUUAUGAUGUGUGUUCCAAUGGUAGCCACGCCGGAGUGUUAUUGAAACGGACCCCGGUCCGAUUUCGUUUGCCCUCACUCUUACUUUUCAGAAAUUUCUCUUCGACCACCACGCCCAACCUGGUUAUACUAAUUGUUUCCCUCGCGGCUUUGCUCGACAUAGGUCGGCAUAAACUCCACUGGUGGGUAUAUCAUAAACCCUAAUUUGCCAUUCUGGUCCUGCAUCGAUACGAAAACACGUGCCCUCUGAUUGUUGUUCCACUGGCCAA